ACUGGGGGGAAGGCGGAGAGCCGGUUGGGGGAAGCGGAAGAUCGGAGGCGGGAGCCGCGGAUACGCGGUUCCUGAAAGAUCAGAGGAUUUAUUGCCAGUGGAGGAGAUGCUGGAAUACCCCGGACGAUGCUCCCAAAUGUUAGGGAUAAUCAUGGGCCAGACAGGCAAGAAAUCGGAGAAGGGACCAGUGUGCUGGAGGAAGCGGGUGAAAUCUGAGUAUAUGCGCUUGCGGCAACUCAAACGGUUCAGGCGAGCGGAUGAAGUAAAGAGUAUGUUUAAUACAAAUCGACAAAAAAUUCUAGAGCGUACUGAGAUUUUAAACCAAGAAUGGAAACAACGAAGAAUACAACCUGUGCACAUUAUGACCUCUGUCGGCUCCCUACGGGGGACAAGAGAAUGCUCUGUGAUUAGUGACUUGGAUUUUCCAAAACAAGUCAUCCCUCUUAAAACACUGAAUGCUGUAGCCUCUGUGCCUAUCAUGUACUCUUGGUCUCCCCUUCAGCAAAAUUUUAUGGUGGAAGAUGAAACCGUAUUGCAUAAUAUUCCUUACAUGGGUGAUGAAGUACUGGACCAAGACGGGACUUUUAUCGAGGAACUGAUCAAAAACUAUGAUGGAAAGGUCCAUGGAGACAGGGAGUGCGGCUUUAUUAAUGAUGAAAUAUUUGUGGAGCUCGUCAAUGCCCUGGGUCAGUAUAGUGAUUAUGAUGAUGACGAUGAUGAGGAUGAUGGAGAUGACAAUCGGGAUGAUGAGCAGGAUGAUAAAGUAAAGGAUCAGGAAGACAGUAUGGAUGCAGACAAGGUGUCGGGACUGCCACGCAAGUUUCCUUCGGAUAAAAUAUUUGAAGCUAUAUCCUCCAUGUUUCCAGAUAAGGGGACGACAGAGGAGCUGAAAGAAAAAUACAAGGAAUUAACAGAGCAACAGUUACCCGGUGCUCUACCUCCAGAGUGCACCCCCAAUAUUGAUGGACCAAAUGCAAAAUCUGUGCAGAGGGAGCAGAGUCUUCAUUCAUUCCAUACUCUGUUCUGUAGGCGAUGUUUCAAGUAUGACUGUUUUUUGCAUCCGUUUCAUGCCACUCCGAACACCUACAAGAGAAAAAAUAAUGAAGGUGCAAAUGAUGGAAAACCUUGUGGACCUCACUGUUACCAACUUUUGCCGAGUUACUGCAGGGGAUCAUGGGAUCAUAUGUUUUUGACAGCUGCUGAAGACCCCACAGUCUCUUCAAAGGACGGAGCAAAGGAAUUUGCUGCAGCAUUGACAGCAGAGAGGAUAAAAACUCCACCAAAACGCCCAGGUGGUCGCCGAAGAGGUAGACUUCCUAACAGCACCAGCAGACCUAGCACGCCAACAGUCAAUGUGUCAGAAUCCAAAGACACAGAUAGUGACAGGGAAGCUGGCACUGAAACCAGCGGGGAGAGCAAUGAUAAGGAGGAAGAGGAGAAGAAAGACGAGACCUCAAGCUCUUCUGAAGCAAAUUCUCGUUGCCAAACACCAGUCAAGAUGAAGCCAAAUAUUGAGCUUCCUGAGAAUGUAGAUUGGAGUGGAGCUGAAGCCUCUCUGUUUAGAGUCCUCAUUGGCACCUAUUAUGACAACUUCUGUGCAAUUGCAAAGCUGAUUGACACAAAGACGUGUCGGCAGGUGUACGAGUUCAGAGUGAAGGAAUCUAAUAUCAUAGCUCCAGUCCUUGAGGAGGAUGUAGACACACCACCGAGGAAGAAGAAACGGAAACACAGACUGUGGGCUGCACACUGCAGGAAAAUACAGUUGAAAAAAGAUGGCUCCUCUAAUCAUGUUUACAAUUACCAGCCUUGUGAUCACCCCCGCCAGCCCUGUGACGGCUCCUGUCCCUGUGUGAUUGCACAGAAUUUCUGUGAGAAGUUCUGCCAGUGUAGCUCUGAGUGCCAAAACAGAUUUCCUGGAUGUCGCUGUAAAGCACAGUGCAACACCAAGCAGUGUCCUUGUUACCUCGCUGUGCGGGAGUGUGACCCAGACUUGUGUCUCACCUGUGGAGCUGCUGAUCACUGGGACAGCAAAAAUGUGUCAUGCAAGAACUGCAGCAUUCAGCGGGGAUCCAAAAAGCAUUUGCUAUUGGCUCCAUCUGAUGUGGCUGGCUGGGGGAUUUUCAUUAAAGACCCUGUGCAGAAGAACGAGUUCAUUUCGGAGUACUGUGGAGAGAUCAUAUCUCAGGACGAAGCAGAUCGAAGAGGCAAAGUGUAUGAUAAGUACAUGUGUAGCUUCCUCUUCAACUUGAACAAUGAUUUUGUAGUUGAUGCAACUCGCAAAGGCAACAAAAUUCGUUUUGCAAACCAUUCUGUGAAUCCAAACUGCUAUGCAAAAGUAAUGAUGGUGAACGGAGACCAUAGAAUAGGCAUAUUUGCAAAAAGAGCCAUUCAGACAGGCGAAGAACUCUUCUUUGAUUACAGAUAUAGCCAAGCUGAUGCUCUAAAAUAUGUGGGUAUUGAGAGAGAAAUGGAAAUCCCUUGAUUCACCAGCUACCUCCUCUUGCAACCCAUGCCUUACCUUCUUCAGGAAUUUCUAAUACUGGCGCAAUUUUAGCUACAAAUAAAAAAAAAUGCGAGUUGAAGUUCUGAAUUUACUGAGUACUGUAUAAGUAAUUUAUAGAGAUGAAAAGAAAUCAGUUGUUCUUUUUGCCAGCUGCAAAAUGUUUUGUACCAGUGAACUUUUGGCAAUAAUGUAUUGUGGUACAUCUCCCACCUCAAAUAAAAUAUACUUGAACUUCUUUA